AUGGCCCGGGAUUAGCAAAAGAAACCAGGCUAAUUUUGUGCAGAGUCUCUGUACAGCGUUCAACUCUCGUAUCAACCCAGACUUUAACGUUAUCUGUAUCAGAAAUCAGUUCUUUCGCGUGUUUCCGAGAUGAGGAAAGCAGUUCUGGUGUCUAGGCAUCGGCGACAAGUUGGCCAAGCUCGCCGGGCGACUUCCCAGUAUGCCGUUCCCACUCGCUACCGACGAGAGCGCUUGGCAAUUUGUGACCCCAUGCUAAUCUCCGUCUCGUGUGCUAAUCGGCUCUGCUAUGUAAACAGUCGCUAUUUCACGGGCAAGUGUUGCAAAAACUUUUGACGCCUCCUGUCCCUUUGUGAGGGGACGCCGUCAGUUGCAUUUUUUCUCUGCAUUUUAUUCCCCAUUCAAACGUUGUGAGUCCAGUGGAGAGCGUGUGCGUGGAUGUGCUGAGCUGAGGUCAGUUGGGAGCUCUGAUGAGGGAGUCGGCUACACGGAGGGUGCCUGCCAGUCACACCAGGGUCUAGACUGAGUGUCUGCAGUCAAGAAUCCAUAAAGGACCUAUAAUUAACUGAUAACGUACCUUCCAGGCUAGCGGGGUUCGCCAGAUAUCGCUGCGCAUAGAUCGUACAGGGCUAGCCGGGCACUGACGCGUUAGUCGCGGGUUCUCACUUGGAAUACCUUCAUAUAUCCAGCAUGGAAAGGAACGUACUUCGCUUGGGAUUUCUCUGCUGCUUCGUGUUACUUCUAGUGGCCAGGCCAGGAUCAGCGGCACAAGGAUAUAAGGCAAAAUUCAAAGUGUUCGGGAACCUGCCUUCAAGAUUAUACAGCUCGGAGUCUGUGGGAAAUCACGAGUGCUGCGUUCGACACAGGAAACUUGUUUCUGUUGGCUAUGAUAUUUCUGGCAAGGAAAUGGUGGUAGACGUCGGUCACUGUUCCAGAAAAUGUGCGACCCGUUCUGACGAGACGGAGUCCUCCAAGACUGACGACUUUGAACCCCCGGCAAGACCCCUGAGCGCGCUGGACAGAAUCAGACUUCAAAUGAGACAACGGGCUUCUGGAGGUACCGGUGCCUCGGGCCCCUCACAUCCGGGCGAAGAGGAUGGUGUUGGUUGUCAAGGAAACGGGAUGUGUGAGCCAACCAGAACGCGAGUUCAGCAGCUACAGUUGAUGGACGGGCCGGUGGACGUAGAGGUCAUCGAAGAUUGCCACUGCGCACCUAGGCCGCCAUCUUGCGAGAGGAGCCCGCGGAAAAAAGUCUACUUCGCCGACACCCCGUUUGAGGCUGAAGUUGACAUUGGUGUCUGUAGGGGGCGCUGUUCAACAGAAAGUCACACCGGUUGCAAGGCUGUGAAGAACGGGACGGUGACCAUCACUGGGCCUAACGGUAAGGGGAACCAGUGUAUAGACGUGGUGAAGGAAUGCGCCUGCACUGGAGACUGUUACCGUACCAGCCAAAGAGAAGUUUACUACGAGUCGUUCUUCAACGAAACGGCACAAGAGUUCCAGGAGAGGGAAAAGGAGAUAGACGUGGGGAGGUGUAUGGGGUCCUGCACGGAGGGACAUCACCGCUGUGUCAUGAGGUCAGAGGACGACCCGUCCGUCUGUCUGAUGUCUUUGUUCAGGCCGAAGGGUCGCUGUGCAGCCACGAGAUUCACGGAGCACCGCUUCAUCUCGCGAGAACAGAUUCUACAAUCCAUCCUGGCUAUAGACGACUGCGGGUGCAAGUAGUAGUACAGGUCCACACACGUGUAUGUAGCAAGAUCGGACUUAAAAAAAAGCUGAAGA